CGUCGAACCACAUUGUCAAUUGCACUACGCCGAUCACCUUCUCGUAGCAUAAUUUGUAACUAUUGUGUAUGCCAUCGCAUGCUAUACUUUCAGUUAUGCAUUUAUAGUGUUUUGGAGGUUGUUUACCCCUUCAGCAGCCACGUCGCGCCGGUUCACGUCAAUUCUGCCUCGGCGAUUGACCGUCCCCCGCCAUCUGAGUCGCAAACCCUUACGAUUGCCAUCCACCUACCGCGACCAUGGACCAAGCAGACAUACCGGCGUUGCUGUCGCGGCUCGCGAGCGACGAGGAUGCCGCCCGAAAAAUGGCAGUUUUCAAGCUACAAUCCUCCAUAAACGACCCUUCUUUUGCCGACGUUUUUAUUUCUUCAGGCGGUCUAAUCGUUUUACGACGCCUAAUAAUGAGCACUGGCGGUAAUACGCUAGCUUACUCGUUGCAAAGUUUAAGUCGACUUCUUGAAGUGGAUAUGGGAUGGGAUAUUUUCGAGGGUCCAACGGCGGGAGAUUUAGUCGAGCGCGUCGUCGAACUUAUUGUCACAAAUCCUCUCGUCAACAUUCUUCGUGGUGCUAUGUCUAUCCUCGUUGCACUAGUCAGCCACUCGCAGUCCACAACAACCGGGGGUCAUAUACCCAUAACGUUCGGGUUUCGCGCGUUAAAGCCAGCUGUGGCCGUUUAUCCGCAAUUCUUUGAUCUCGUCAUUCAACAGCUACAAUCAGCAGAUCAUGCCCUAUGCGCUAACGCUUUGAUGCUCAUCAAUGCUUUGAUAAGGGAUGCUGUCUCAGGCGAUCCUAGCGAAACUGGCAAGAUAGCCGGUACCGGAGAGGAAUGGCCUAAAUUCAUAAGGAGGUUGCAAGAUCUAGGCCUAAUCAAGGCGGUAUACAAUUUAAUGCAGAGCUCGGCAUUGCAAGAUCUUGCACAUCCACUUUUGGAGUUCCAGUCCCUUACUAAGGUGCUGCUCCAAAAAUGGCGGCAAGUUCAAGUUGAUGUUGAACGACCGGAACACCGUAGAGCACUCAAAGGACUCCAUCUCGCGAGCGCACCGAAUAGGGAUCAUGUCAACGGAGUAGGGAAGGUCGAAGAACUCCAAGAAUCCGGGAAGAAGGGUAGUAGACGACACAACCCCGAGAAAUGGAGGAGGCUGGGCUUUGAGACUGAGAGUCCGGCAUCAGAAUUCGAGAACACGGGUUUCCUAGGCUUGAUGGAUCUUGCGGAUUACGUACGAAAGAACGAGGAUGGAUUCCAGAAGUUGCUCCUAGAACAAUCUACCAAGCCACUCCACGAACGCUGUCCUAUUGCUAGAUCUAGUUUGGCUGUAACACUAAUCCUUUACGAACACUUCGAUUGCGACAAGUCCGAAAUGGAAGAUCUUAGGGGGUACCAGUUAUCGGAUGGAAAGCAGCAAGACAAAUUGUUCAGACCAUUACUUCUUCAAUGGUCCAGAGUGCAUACAGCCGGUCUCAACGCAUUUUUCAAGUUGUGGAAGAGUACAGGCGCAGAUCAGGAUGACUUCGAGAAGGUAGUGGUGUUGGUCCGAAUACUUGUCGAUCAGGUUAUAGGUCAAGCAAGCCGAACGAAAGACGUCCUAGAGGUUGAGGAAGAUCUAGUCGAAUACGAUUUUGGACGGUUGCGCGCGUUGCAAAUGGAACUCCUAGAGCUCUCAUUUGAUGACCAAUGGGGUCAGCAUCUAUACAAGGUGCGAGAGAGUCUGAACCAGGAAGCUCUCACAUUCAUCAAGGAACAACGAGUCAGGUGUUUGCUACAAGGCUCUUGGUUUGGUAAGCCGGCUGCGCGAAAGGACAGCGUGGGAAACAGCUUUCAAAAUCGCCGCGCAGCGAAUGGCACACUUUGGAGAUAUGCCAAACUAUCACAUAAUCGUCGAUAUUUACAUUACGCUGACUUCGCAUUACGAACUGGGUCGGAACCGAGCUUAGAUUCGCUUAGUGAGAAGGUGGACUUACGACAAGUUAGCUCCGUUGCUUCUAAUGUGUCGGCUUCAUCUAAUGAGGGUGGAGGCGAGACAAGCAACAGCACGAAAAUUACGAUUUUCGGCUACGUUAAUCCUGAUGAAGUUCAUCAAGUAAAGGACAUAAGCCAGCUUAAGGAAGAGCCCUUGCUCACUUUACACCCCUUAAAUCAUAGCCUGGCUUCGGAAUGGCUCGACGGAUUGUUGAUGUUGCUUGGCCAAGCCCCGAUAACAGCGGAGACUAAUAAGCUCAUCAAGCUGGUUCAAGACUACGGCAUAAAGAUCAGGUUACUCAACGUCCGGAUGGAGGCUACUUAUGCGGGGCCUCCAGAAGGUGCUGGUGUAGUACCCAGUAGAGAAGGGCUUAAUGAUGAUUACUGGUACGAGAUCUGAUAUGGCUCCUUCGCGAACGAGCAUAAACAUACUGGCUACGAUUUUUGGCGCCACCCUUGCUACGGCAUGUACGAAUACCAUGCCAUCCAUACGAAUCUACGAUUUAGAACAGAAAGGUGGCGUUAUCGCAUCAAUUUCCUAGUUGAUCGGCAUUCAGAGACGCGUCCGCAAGGAAAAGCGAUAGUAAUUCGUUUUUAUCUGCGAAUACCACAUUUUAUUUUUUGACGCAUAGAGGAUAUACCCCCAACUGAAUUGAGACUUGAUGUUGUAAAGAGUUGAUUUCCGAGUUGCUAUACCGAUUUGUGACUGAUUGAACGUCCUGCCACGCUGAAGUACCUAUGUAUAUUUUGCUUUUUGAGUGAAAAUUUUUCAUCUGAGUCAGCGUUGAAGAAUUAAUAUCGUGUCACCUACUUCAUUGGAUAGUAUGCUUUUAUCAUCGACCCUGCGAGGUGAUGCAUAUAGUCUUGCCAGGAUUGGUAUGUUAUAGCUUUGGUACGGGUAUUCCCGUGUCCCCACGUGUCCUAAGCUAAAAGAUAGGAGGCAGGUACCUAGACAUGUACCACUACAAACGGUUGCUACGACAUCAAUGAACCUUUUCUGUACUUUCUAGAU